CGACUGGGCGAGGUGCAAAGCCCACGUGACGGUGGGCCUCGUGAUCUCUAUAAUAACCCGCGCUUCGGGCCGCCUGGUCCGCACCGCACCGCACCGCACGACAGCCACAACCUCUCGCGUUGAUUCGAGCGGUUCCAAGCUCCAACCCCCCCCCCCCAUCUCCGCCGGGAUCAGCGGCGAAGCGGAGCGGAGAGAGCUCGAAGCGCGGAGGCGGUCGUCGUCGUCGUCGCCAUCUCGGAGGAGAGAUGGGGCUCACGUUCACCAAGCUGUUCAGCCGCCUCUUCGCCAAGAAGGAGAUGAGGAUUCUCAUGGUCGGUCUUGAUGCCGCUGGUAAGACCACCAUCCUCUACAAGCUCAAGCUCGGAGAGAUCGUCACCACCAUCCCAACCAUCGGAUUUAACGUUGAAACUGUUGAAUACAAGAACAUCAGCUUCACUGUUUGGGAUGUCGGGGGUCAGGACAAGAUCAGGCCCCUGUGGAGGCACUACUUCCAGAAUACCCAGGGACUCAUUUUUGUUGUCGACAGCAAUGACAGGGAGCGUGUUGUUGAGGCCAGGGAUGAGCUCCACAGGAUGCUGAAUGAGGAUGAGCUUCGUGAUGCUGUUCUGCUUGUAUUUGCAAACAAACAAGAUCUUCCUAAUGCCAUGAAUGCGGCUGAAAUCACCGACAAGCUUGGUCUGCACUCCCUGCGCCAGCGGCACUGGUACAUUCAGAGCACUUGUGCUACAUCUGGCGAAGGGUUGUACGAGGGACUUGACUGGCUCUCCAAUAACAUUGCAAACAAGGCUUGAAGCGUCUCGACAACUGCUUCAAGGAACAGAUCCGCUGGAUGUCUGAACAACUCACUGCUGCCAUUUUCUAUAUUCUGAUAUCCUCCUUCUGAUAUAUGUAUACACUAAAAAUAUUGUAUCGGCUUGUGAAGACAGAGGCUGCCCUUUAAGGGGGGCUAGUAUCAGGUUGUUUCUUCGUGUGGUAUCAUCUCUCCUUUGAGGGGGCUAGUUCGGUUUUACAAGGUUUACCGUGUCGACCAUAUGCAUGUACCUGUAUACGUUUUUGAAAUGUAGUAAAGUUGAGGUGCCUUGCCAAUUGUUGCUA